AUGGCUGAUGGACUCGUCAGCAAACUCCAUGGUGAAGGGAGGGGGUCGCCGGAUGUUAAGCAAGCUCUUAUUGGGGAGAUGUUGAGCUCCUUAGCUCAAAUGGCAAAGAAUGAGAAAGCUUCGACAAAAUAUUUGGAAGGUCUUCAUGGUGAGGGGAUGGCCGGAAUUGCGCCGGCGCCGGCGCCGGCUGGCCGGGACCUUGAUGUCUCAUGCUUGGAGUAUGAGAUGGUCAACAAGGAGACCAAUGCAACACCAUGUGCUAUCCACACCCAAUUCGGCAUUGAUGGAGACAAGAGGGACCAUGGCACCGACGGCCGGCCGCCGGAGUACCCGCCGGAAAACCUGGUCCCGCCGGCGAAUGCAUGGAAGGAGGCUAAAAACUUGUUCGCACAUUGGGGGACGGGGUGCAAGGUGGGAGCCUCAACACCACAUAAAACCCAUAAGGACGAGCCAAUCCCACUCGACGCCGGCAAGGUCACACCUUUGGGGACAGCUGGAGACUUUGAAGUCUACCCCCCAUAUGCACCCUACUGUCUCAAAUUCUUACGCCCUCCCUGCUUAAUUCAAAUUGACAGUAAGAACACCAAGCAACAAACUCUCUUCCUCUCACAGUUUCGUUCAAAGCUCUUCAAAGAACGCACCCAGAUUUUCUCAAAUUUGCAACACUCAGAAUUGGGGAUUUACAGAAGCACACACACAAAAUCCCUCUCCCUUUUCCUCGCGCACCUUUCUUCCCCAACUCUCAUCUCUGUCUCUCGCUUUCUCUCACAAAAAGGAAGAAAACAAGAUCCCCAAAUUUUCGUCGCCUCUUCUGAUUCUCUCCAUGCCGCCGGCCACUGCUCGCCGGGAGGGAACGGUGCUGCUGUCACCGUGCCUGGAAGACGCUGCUGUCACCGCCGGGAAGAGCUGCUGCUCGCCGCGUCCACCCCGUCGCUCAGCGCCAUCGCCGUCUGCAGUCGCCACGGGUCUGCUCGCUGUUCGAACAGCCCCGAAACGACACCGCGCAGCCCCGAAACCAACCCGAACCACCCCGCAAAGAUUUAUUUCAGAUUCCAUGAGAUGCACAAGAAUGGAAUAGGAAUGAGGUGGAAGAAGUGUAUACCCGCUGUUGGUGAAAGGUUUUGGCUGGCAAAGAUUGUGUUGUCAACCCUCCUUGAACUUGAUCCGAUGGUAAUUGAUUUGAGGGAUUGAUUGUAUAUAGGCAAAACUGAUAGAUAUUGAUAGAUUUGGUGGUUGGAGAGAUUUUAGGGAAGAUGAAGAUAUGUGGAAAUCGUUUAUU